AGAACCCUCUCCCGGCGUCUUUUUAGUCCAGCAAACCCUCCCUCCGGCGGUCCACCCUCCGUCGGCCAACUUCCAUCAGCGGCCCAACUUAUCGUUGCCUCCCUUUCCGCCGACCCUCUCCCGUCCCUCCGUUCCCCUCGAGUCUCCUCUCCUGUGACAUCGACUUCAUCACUUCACACGGCCGAAAAUCAUCAAGAUGAUCUGGACGAUUUCGUCUCUAACGUCGAGCAUAUGGAUGACGACGGCAGAGGAAGUGUACCAGUGGAGUGGUACUUGUACCAGUGGAUUGGUACAUCGACUUCAUCACUUCACGCGGCCCGAAAUCAUCAACGUCGAGCAUAUGGAAGAUGGUGGCGUUGCCGUGAAAGUGGAGCCAAUUAGAAACGCCGAGGAACAUCAAAACAAUCUCAGUAAGGAUCUGUAUUCAUGUCUCGUCGACUUCUCCCGCCCG